AUGGCUCACGUCGCCAAAGGAUCCGCCAGCGAGGAUGACCGCCAAAUCUCUGACAUUGCAGAGCAUCGAAACCUGCUUGGUACCUAUAGCCGGCUAGAAGAUAAGAGUGAAGAGGAGUGGGAGGGCGAUGAACGCCAGUCCCGAACAACGAGAAAGGCGAUCCCUCGACCAACCACUGCACGAGGGUGGAUUCUACUCAGCUUACUGGCCGCGGCGGUGUUGGGACUUGGUGCUACCCUAGGCCUUUUGCUGAAGAGAGCCCCGACGCUGGAGUGCGUCAGAAUGAGUUCGAGUUACUCCCCUCUUUUGGAAGUCGUUGAGUAUCACAACCUCCAGUUCCAAGCCGAAUUGGGCGUUCAGAAUGAGUACAAGGGACAUCCGCGUCCAGAGCUGGAUGCGAUGUGGAACCGCAUCGGCCAAAUACAUCCCAUAUCCAUGCCACAGAAAUAUCUCGAUGUUCUCAACAAAAGUGGAUCGGGAAUUUUGUACUCUGAAGAGCAGGGAGGCGGGAUCAUGGUGGAGAUUGAAGUUUUCCACCAACUUCACUGCCUGAACUUCCUUCGAAAAGUCAUUUACGCCGACUACUACACGCGGCCAGAAAACAUGCCUAUAGAGUUCAUGGUUGGCGAUGACCUUUUCUACAACCACAUUGAUCACUGCAUUGACUUCCUCCGUCAGGCGCUCAUGUGUGCGGGAGACGUCACGCCCGUGACGUCCAACUGGGUGCUCACGCACCACAGUCCUCACCCGGACUUUAACACGAUGCACAAGUGCCGGAAUUUUGACAAGCUGCUGGAGUUCGUGGAAGUGCACGACAACGGCGGCGUCCCAAGGCAGACUCCGAACCCUAGCUGGCGGCCGCCGCCUAGCCUGGACAAGACCAUAUUCGACUACGAGCCCGACUAUCCCAGGAUAUACCAUGGAGCGGUGGUUAAUGACUCAGACAGAUGGACUCAUAACCAUUAG